AAGGUCCUGAUAAAUUGUAAGUCGAACCCAGAAAACUUAAAUAUAUAUAACAGUCCCCCUCUUAGGUCACUGUACAAACAAAAAGGAACAGCGUAGCAUAGCAAUAUUUGGCAUACCCUUUGGCUUUGGACCACCUUCAAGAAUCAGAACACAGCUCAACCCCUUUUACUUUUGAAAUAAAACCAGUCCUAACAUCACACGCCCAAAAAACACAAAAAAGAUGAAAAAUCCCCCGAGGAGCUUCUGUUUCUCUUAAACGCCGCUACCAGCCAUUUCUUGUUUCCCUCCACAAAGACACACACACUCUUCUAACAAGGUAAAAGAUUCACAUUUGCUUUUGAAAGAGCAUUCAUUUCUUGGUGAUUGGGGUUAGAGAUAUGGUGGCAGAAGCCUGGAUUGUGAAGAUGGGAAACCAGGUAAGUAGCAAUCUUAAGCACGCACUUCUUCUUGAAUCUUCCAAGAAAAAGAACAACCACAACCACAACCACCCAAGAAAUAAACAAGAUUCUAAAGACAAACAAAUCAUUGGCAUCUUGUCUUUUGAGGUUGCUAUUGUCUUGUCUCAAACUGUACACCUCCACAAGUCCCUCUCUGAUUCUGAGAUCUCAAAGCUAAAAAAUGAGAUCUUGAAAUCCGAGGGAGUUAAGAACUUGGUGUCAACUGAUGAAAGUUACCUUCUUCAGCUUGCUUUAGCUGAGAAACUCGAUGACUUGAACAGGGUAGCUAAUGUUGUUUCUAGGCUAGGAAAGAAGUGUGUCGAGCCUGCUUUGCAGGGUUUUGAGCAUGUUUAUGGGGAUAUUGUUGGUGGGGUUAUUGAUGUGAAGGACUUGGGGUUUUUGGUUAAGGAUAUGGAGGGUAUGGUUAAGAAGAUGGAGAGGUAUGUGAAUGCAACCUCUAAUUUGUAUUGUGAACUGGAGGUUUUGAAUGAAUUGGAGCAGGCUACCAAGAAAUUUCAGCAGAAUCAACACGAAGAGAGUCGAAGGGCGUUUGAGCAGAAACUUAUUUGGCAGAAACAGGAUGUGAGGCAUCUUAAGGAGAUUUCUCUUUGGAACCAGACUUGUGAUAAGGUUGUUGAGUUGUUGGCUAGGACUGUUUGUACUAUUUACGCUAGGAUUUCUGUUGUUUUUGGGGAAUCGGUGUUGCAAAUGAAGGGCCCUGGGGCUGUUGAAGGGGUCUGUUCGUCCCCUCCCAUGAAGGACGAAUGCAGGGAGGUCCCAGGACAUAUUGGUGAUUGUCAUGGUUCACAAAGGGUUUCAGGGCCACUGAGACGGGCUGUUAGCAAGCGAAGUAGCAAUUUGUGUCAAUCGGGACCAAUUGAGAGAGCCGUGGUGGAGAAAAGGGAGACACAUAUUAAACCUCGGAUUGCUUCAGGGAAAGGUGAAGUUGAUCUAUUAUUUCGAACUGAAGAUAUCGUGUUUCCAUGUGGGACUAGUCCUGGAAGGCUUUUCCUGGAUUGCCUUAGUUUGAGCAGUUCGGCUUCAAAGUUUGAUGAUGAUGAAAGUUGUGUUGCUGUCGAUGAGGACCAGAGGAGCCAAACUUCUCGUUGUUAUAGUGUUGGCAAUGGUAGUUUGAAGAUAGAGGACCCAAUCCCUUCAGGCUUUUCCAAUCGAGUUUCUUUCAGUGGAGAUCAAAGACAAGCCAGGCGUGGUGGGAUGAAUAAUGCACGGUUUGGUCCCAAAAGUAGGCUAAUGGUUUAUGCUCCUCCUUCCACAAUUGGAGGAUCUGCCUUGGCCUUGCAUUAUGCAAAUGUCAUAAUUGUUAUAGAGAAAUUGCUUCGCUAUCCCCAUUUAGUGGGCGAGGAAGCAAGGGAUGACUUGUACCAGAUGUUACCAACAAGCCUAAGAAUGUCUCUGAGGACUAACCUCAAGUCCUACGUGAAACAUCUUGCUAUAUAUGAUGCUCCGCUUGCCCAUGAUUGGAAGGAGACUCUUGAUGGAAUACUCAGGUGGCUUGCUCCUCUUGCGCAUAACAUGAUCAGGUGGCAAAGUGAGCGUAAUUUCGAGCAGCACCAAAUUGUCAAGCGGACAAAUGUUCUUCUACUUCAGACAUUGUAUUUUGCUGACAGGGGAAAGACAGAGGCAGCUAUUUGUGAGCUUCUUGUUGGGAUGAAUUACAUAUGUCGCUAUGAACAUCAGCAAAAUGCUUUGCUGGAUUGUGCAAGUAGUUUUGAUUUUGAAGACUGCAUGCAAUGGCAGUUGCAGUGCCGAGCUUCCUUUGUUGUUUAAUUAUCUUAAUUAAUAUGAAUACCUGAAGGAGGUUGUAAAGUGUAGUUGUUGACUCCUGAUACUUGAAUGAAGACACAAAUGACAGUUCAAACAA